AUGGAUGCCCCGGGCCCCCCAGACCCCCCCGGGCCCCCCGCCCUGUGCUUCCCGGAGCUGAACCAGUCGUGCCCUCAGCCUCUGCUCUCCCCCAGCGCCACCCUGCUGCGCCUGGCCCUGCUCUGCACCGUGCCCCCCCUCACUGUGACCCUCAACCUGCUCGUCAUCACCGCUGUGGCUCACUUCAGGCAGCUUCACACGCCCACUAACCUGCUGCUUCUGUCUCUGGCCGUCUCGGACCUGCUGGUGGGGCUGGUGCUCAUGCCGGGGGAGAUGCUGCGUGAGUCGGGCUGCUGGCUGCUGGGGGAGGUCAUGUGCGCCCUCUACCUGUACGUGGCGUACGUGUCCGUGUCAGCCUCAGUCAUAGACAUGGUACUCAUCUCCGUGGACCGCUACGUGGCCAUCUGCGACCCGCUGCACUACACUCAGCGCGUGACCAUGCGGCGUGUGUCUGUGGGCGUGGCGUGCUCGUGGGCCUUCUCUUUGCUCUACUGCGCGCUCAUCCUCAAAGACAACCUGCUGUACCCGGAGCGCACGCACACCUGCGCCGGGGAGUGUCUGCUGGUCUUAGAUUUCGUGUUUGCGGUUGUGGACACGUUCGUGGGCUUCAUCUUACCCGUGGGCCUCAUCCUUAUCAUUAACCUGGUGGUCCUGGUGGUGGCGCUGUCCCAGGCCCGGGCCAUGCGCGUGCAAGUGGUGGCGCAGGUGUCAGUGCGCGGUGCGCGGAGGCCACGGCUGAAGGCGGCGAGCAGCCUGGGCGUGCUGGUGGGGAUCUUCCUGCUGUGCUUCACGCCGUAUCAGUGCUUCAGUCUGGUGGGUGGAGAUCUGCUCAACAGCCCCGUCGCCUCCUUCCUCGUCUUCCUCGUCUACUUCAACUCCUGCCUCAACCCUCUGGUCUACGCGCUCUUCUACCCCUGGUUCCGCAAAGCUGUGCUCCUCAUCGUCACGCUGCGCAUCUUCCGCGUAGACGCCUGCCAUGAAUUUAGGGUCAUUCAGGCUCCCUGA